UACCUUAUUGGGGACCCUUAUCUAUAUACACAUAACGGUUUAACAGUUUACAAAAAAAAAUUAACCCAAAUUAGCCUCUUGAAACAUGACAUAAUGGCCCCAUAUGGCACAGCAUAUAAUG